AUCAAAUUGUAUACAGAGCAGCUUUCUCAGGUGGAACAUGCUCUGGCUACCACGGAAAACCAAAGCGAACGCAACGAAUUGGAAAAUCUUAGAAAUGAUUUAAACGAACUACUUCGACUGACCCGCGAAACUCUAGCUCACGAACAUGGUCCGAGCGCGAGCGCACCCGCUAGUUCGGGAAUGGAAAGUGAGUUUGCGGCUUUCAUGGCCGAAAUUAACGGCCUAGAUUGCGAUGACGAAAUUCGUUCGAACCAAACGCGUUCAUCGACUGAUGAAUCGGAAAAUACAGCAGAUCUUAUAGGAAGCAAGUGCUCUGCUCCACACGUUCACCGCUGGGGCUCGACGGCAUUCCAUAAUGCUCUAAUAUGCAGCCUAGAUUCAUCGGAUAGGAGUAACAUCCAAAUUAAAGUAUUAUUUAUUAAUCCGACUCAUCAAGAAAUGGUACCUUGCCCUUUUUUUCUGGAAGGUGAGUGUAAAUUUGACGAUGAUAAAUGUCGGUAUUCGCAUGGAGAAGUUGUAGCGUUAAGUGAACUGAAAGACUAUCGACAGCCACGAUUUGACUUACUGGGGAAAAAAGGCUGGAGAGUUUUAGCGAAACAGAAAAAUCGCUUAUGGGCUAAAGGGGCUGUCAGCGAGGCUGAUUUCGGCAACAAAUCCUGUAAAAUAAUUAUAGAUGAGGGCAAACGGAUGCUGGAGCUACCGUUUGAAGAUAUAUUGCCAUUAGAAGAAGAAGGCGAUAGUGACAUACUUUCAAAUUCUGACGAUUGCUCGUCCGCUGACGACACUGUAGACGAUGCUGCUGAGUUCCGUCAGGCUGAGAUAAUCCAACGAAGUUUGCUCAAUCCAGUUCCAUCGCAGCGACUGGGCGAGUGGGAACAGCACACCAGAGGAAUCGGUUCUAAAAUAAUGAUGAAAAUGGGAUAUGUUGUUGGUUCGGGACUUGGAACUAAAGGAGAGGGAAGAGUGGUGCCGGUUAGUGCGCAGGUUCUUCCACAGGGAAAAUCGCUGGAUUACUGCAUGGAGCUGCGUGAACGUGCAAACGGAAACAGCGAUCUGUUUUGCGUAGAAAAGAAACUUCUGCGGCAGAAAAAAAUACAGGAAAAGAAAAAUGCCAGGCAAAACGCGAAAAAUAAACGCAAAAGUGAAGACGUUUUCAGUUUUAUUAACAGUGAAAUAUUGGGUAGCACAGUGAAAGAUUUACCCAGUUCAUCUAGUAAGAAACAAAUACAAACGACAACCACAUCGCAAAAACUGGAUCUGCCGAGCUGUUCAUCGAAAAAUUUAAAUAUCGCCAGCUUGAAGUUAUCGGAGCACACACGGCGAUUAAAGGCCGACAUAGACAGGCUAAAUAGUUCUCUAGCUCGACAUCAACCUGGCACACAAGUUCACUCAAAUCUCAAAAAACAGAUUGCCGAUAAACGCUCCGAAAUAGCACAAAUACAGGCCACCGAGAAAACCAUCGACCGAGAGCAACAACUACGAUCCGAUAAACGAAAAAUGACAAUAUUUUAGAGAAUACUAUGCAAAGUUGACUGUACAUUUGCUUUAUUACGUAUCAUUAUAAACAUAAUGUAUUCAUCUGCGUGGUUCUGCACGGAAAACCUUUCUGGUAAACUAAAUAAUUGAAGCAACUUCAAUUUUUUAGUUUGUCAAUAGUAAGUUAAAGAAUAAAACAUUCUUUGAGUCAUUAUCUGGACCGUAAAAUGGAACAUUUGGAGUGCUUCGAUUUCUUCUGAUAGUCACUUCCGCAUCGUCAUCACUCUACUCCAUUUUUUUUUGUAUACCAGAAGAGCAUCAGGCGGUGGAUAAGCAACGUAGGAGAGCUAUUGAAUACAGUCAAAAGUUCUUGUUCAAUUUACAAACAAUCAAUAUUAUUCAAUUCUUUGAUUUAAUAAUUUUGCGGAAGUUGCAAGUGUCCAUCUAAGACUCAAAGUAUCACAAUAUGUUAUUCAAA